AUGGCGGUAGUGUUGCUGUGCUUUUGCAUACUGCUGAUGUUUUUGGGACAUUUGCCUCCUUUGCAAGCAUCGACACACUGGAUUGUCACGGAAGAUGGAAGAAUUCAACAUCAGUUGGAUUCUGUGUUGAGUAUGCGACGUCCCUACGACCUUGUCGCAUUGAUAAAGCAAGAAGAAAGGGCACAGGUGGUAGAGGGCCUUAAGCAUGAGCUGAUCACUCGUAAAGAGGUGAUUGACAGCAAUGAAGACCGUGAUGUGGGGUUGGAACAAAGAUUUUAUCGGAGUGAUAUUGACUGUCAGGCAGCUGGAAAAGCACUUCCAGAGUUUGACCUCUAUAUCAGUACCGUACAGCCAUUGGAGAACAAAGGCAUAAGACCUGAGGACCAUAUAGACUUGAAGUCCAGGCCCACAUCCAAGCUAAAACAGCCUACAUGUAGUGAUAAAACAAAGUUGGACUAUAGCAUCCAUUCCUUUGAACAUCUAGAGGGUGUACAACAAAGGAGAAAUUUGACGGGCACUCCAGAGCUUGGCCUGAAAAAUGCUCUGACCUUUCGUGAUAACAUUGAUGACUAUGGCCAUCUUAUAUGCGAGGCCUUGGAUAAAAAUCGUACAUCAUGGGUCCUUUACAAUAUGGCCGCCUUCUAUUGGCGGAUAAAAGGCAACCCUUAUCAGGUCAUAGAAUGUUUGAGGCGGGCUUUGCACUUUUCACCAAGAACGCAUAAAGAUGUCGCUUUGAUCAGUUUGGCAAAUAUACUUCAUCGUGCCCGGUUCUCAAACGAGGCUGCCAUUGUCGUCCAUGCUGCACUAGAUAUAUCAAAAGAACUUAACGUCAAUCAUUUCACUCUUGGAAACAUUUAUGCGGUACUUGGAGAUUAUAACAAAUCAAUCAUAUGUUUUGACAACACGUUGAAGAUUCAGCCCGAGUUUGAAGCUGCUGCUAAAAGAAAGCAUGCUGUGAUGUGUCAUCAGAAACUUGAGGCUGCAUUAGAGGCCCAACAUCGAUCUCUCCAGAAGACGUUAGAUGAGCUGAGAGACUAUCAAGAAAAACAUGAAAUCUUCCAAAUGGAGCAGGCAAAACUUCAAAGUGAACAGGCCCCAUCGGAUAUGAAGCUCGACCAGCGUCUUGGUUACGAACAACAACGGAUCCGAGAAAGUUCCAUUGGGGUCGGCGAACAUUGCCGCAUGAUGACGAAGGAGGGAAAGAAGAUACUCAAGUGUACGUGGGGCCGGAGGAAUAUCGUGCAUCCGGAGUUUGAUAUUGUGGCUUUCAAUGAAGCGGAGGGGCAGCGCAGGGAGAAAUAUAAAAAGGAGGCAGCUCAGAAGCGUGAUGAAUUAAUCCAGAUGAUAACCUCGCCCCCUCCGACAACCGAUUACUUCAAACCUGUCCACCCGAUCAAGUAUAGCAGACAAAAGCCUGACACUCCAAAGGGAAAUAAUAUGCCAUGGAAGUCGGCAGAAUGGCCCAAUCAGAAUGAAUGUGAUAUCAGGUUUCCUGCCUGGAAUGAAUUUCCAACAACUUAUCUACCUGCUGAGAACAAGGGCUUCGAGGUGCGAGGUCUUCUAAGUGAAGCACUCAACCUGAAACCCGGAGAUGAGCAUCCGUUGCCAUGGUAUCCACCCGUCUGCCUGACUCAUUCCAAGAUUGAGGAAAGCAAGAAGUCAUUUGAUCAUUUGCUCUCCAUCAAGGACCGAGCACGAGCCCCGAGUAGGCUUCCUGAUGUAUCCAUCAAAGAGCACCUUAUUCGCUUGGUUGACAAAACGGCCACAGGUGACCCAACAGAAGAGGAAAUUGGACAGCGGAUCCUGUCAAGUUUGAAAAAGAACGUCGGCCCGAGCUGGAUCCUGUAUAAUUUAGCUGGUCUGUAUUGGCGUAUAAUAGGGAACCACUACCAGGGGAUCGAGUGCUUGCGACGGGCGUUGGUGUUUGUCCCAGAUAAUCUACGAGAUGUGCCGCUCGUUAAUAUGGCAAAUCUGCUGUACAAGGCCGGCAUGGUUGAUGACGCCAUUGAAGUCUUGGAGGAAGCGCUAUCUGUCUGUGAUUAUGAACCAUCUGCACAGUAUUUGAUGGGAAAUCUCAAUGCCGCCAAAGGCAACUUCAGUGGUGCUGCCUAUCAUUAUGAAAAAGCAUUAGAAAUUGAGCCGGAGAGCCAGGACAUCAUUAUGCUGCUGAAGGGAAUGAGAUGUUACUUCAAGUUUCAGAAAGCGCAGCAGAGUUCCACUGAUGAGGCGGACCAGCAUCCGCAGACCCCAAGAUGUCAACGAAAGGUGCAGGAGGAUGACACACAUCAGACUGAGAGCCGAAUAAUCUGUAAAACGGAGAAUGGUAAGGAAAUCUGUAUCUAUGAGACCCGCACCAGAGCUAAAGCAAAGGGGCAAUGUCCUUCCAGUCCAUCUCAAAUGUGUCCCGCAUCCCAAGUGAAGGUCGAGGGUUGUGAGGGUGGUAAUGGAGAAACGAUUCGGAUCGUAACACCUGAGGGCUGUGCUGAGGAGCUGACUAGCCUACAAUGCCAACGACAGUCACCACCAGAGGCACAAUGUCCCGGCCGUUGCUCUUGUAACUGUAAAAACAGCAACAAAAAUACACAAACCAAAAAAAAGCCAACGAAACCCAAUCCUGUUCAUGCCAAAGUUAAUAAGUCUAAAAACACUAAAAAGAAUGCUUUUGUAAAGAAAGCUGAGGUUAGAAAUCCUAGUGUUGCUCCGCCAAGGCCUAAAUUGAAACCUCAGAAACUGAAAGAACCAACUCCCAGGACCACUCCUAUUAUAACUCCGACACCAAAUGUCAUGGUGGAUGCAAACUACCUGGUGGACACGGAGAAAGCAGAUGCAUUGGGUGUCGCUUCAUCCCACGUGGAUAACCCGUACUUCACCAGUGAGAUGUUUGAAGAUGAUUUCACAUCCAUUCCUGUCAAACCAAUCGAACCGCUUCCCAAUGAUCAAGUGAAACCAUUCGACGUCACCCUGAUCAUGGAGAAUGAGUUUGAAGUUCUUCAUAUUCCGAUGGAUGAAGCGACUGCAACUGACUUCAAGAAGCUGUAUAGAAAGUAUGGAUUCUGCAAGGGCGAUGAAUGCCAAAGGAUUAUUUUUGAGUAUGGCGGUCGCAAACCCCACAUCAAGUUGUCUCAGUCAGGUGAUCAGAUCUCACGCCAUUUACUCUUCUCUGAAGACACUGAGGUGCCGUUUGGUCCUACUGAUUGUGUUUUGUUUGCUGACGGCGUCCGGACUAGGGGUUGCGAGACUGGAGCGCUGAGAAAACUGAAAGAAAAACUUUACGAUUUUCGUAUCGAACUGCUGAAAUUGGAGGCAAGGGUGCGUCCUCCAUAUCCUACAUACUGUGAUCAUCCUGCGAAUCAGGAGCCCAGUGCGUCUGCUUCAGAUGCCAAGCAGGAGGACUGUAUUCCUAGACCGCUCAAGAUGAAGCCAAGACUUUAUAACUACGUGUUGGAGUUACCUGAGAUUUUAGAUGCCGACCUGCCUGAUACUUCUGUCCAUGUUUCUGAUCGUCUGUUGCUGUCAUGGCCGAGCUUGGAUGAAUGUCAGGGAAAUGUCCUCAUGAACCUCAAACAGUUCACAAGCACCUGGCUGUCCGUUAGUACUAAAGGAGUCAACAUUUACAAACACAUUGAUUUCAACUCAACUAAAAAUUACAUGAAAGCAGAACCUUUCUGUAACGCUGACUUUGGUGGGAGUGCACGGACCUUGGAUCACCUACGAGGGGUGGCCGAGCGGGAACAACUCAAUUAUUCUGCUGAAUACGGUCUAAAGGAAGUGCUGCAGAAACUCGGACGAGAGGGAGCGACUCUUGAAGAUGUCUCCGCGAGAAUUGCUCAUGCCUUGAAAAAGAAUUCUACCUCAUGGGUUGUUGCAAAUAUGGCUGCUCUAUAUUGGCGUGUUAGGGGUAAACCGAAGGAGGCCAUUGACUGUCUGAGGCUGGCUCUCAAUGUUGGACCUCUGGCCACUAAGGACGUGUCCCUUGUCAGCAUCGCCAAUAUUUUACAUCGAGCAGAACGUCUAAAUGACGCCAUUGUCGUCAACAACAUGGCGUUGGAUGUCUCACCAAAAAUUGUAGUCAUUCAUUUCACGAUGGCCAAUAUCUAUGCAGCGAAGGGUGAUCUUCAAAAAGCGACGCUAUUCUAUGAAUCGACGUUGGGUCUCCAAUCUCACUUUGAACCAGCCAAAAUACGCCUACGCUCAAUCCAGUGCCAUAAGGUUCUCAGCGAGUCACAGCCAUACAAAACGGACCGCAAAAAUGGAUAAGGAUAGCAAAGGAUGCCAUCCGGCAUGCCAAGUACUUGUUCUAUUCCAAAGAGACUUUAUUCAAUUUGCUUUGGGGAUAUCUAAAACAGGGCUUUCAACCCUUUGAAAUAUGAGGACAUUUUAUUUCAGCUUCUUGUCUCAACCUGCUCAGGUCAGUUAUGACAUGGGUGUGGUCUAUAUACCUAUGAUAGGGUACAGGUUUCAACCUCUUUUGGGAAAUUCUCAAAUGCUGUCCAUAAUGUUAAUAUAUUGAGAAAAAGGUGCCACAAUUGCUUAGAUCGUGUUGUAAUGAGAGAGAGCUUUGGCCCAUACACAGGUUACAGAUUGAGAAACUCAUUAAUUCAAUUGCAUCUGAUGGGCUCAAUCCAAAGAUUUAGCUUCAGCUUUUAUAUGUACAGAUAACAGAUUCAAGUUUAUGAUCAUUGUUGUGUUACUGUAAAAGGAAACCCUGUUAAUACAUUGUAUUUUGAUCCAGAUUCAAGAUUCUAAAUUUUCAUUUCAUGCUGAAGGCAAAGUUUCACUGUACAUCAGUAUGCUGUGUGCACAUGCAUAAGCUGGUUUAGCAACGCGUAGCAGCCUAUUUUUACCUGUGAUAUGCCUAUGUGUGUAUAAAAGACAGACUUAAACUUGUGGGUGCUGUAUCAUCCUGGAGAUCAGCACCACAAUUCCUUUCCUCGGUUCCUAUGUAUUGUAGAUUAUGCAAAAAAGCUGGUGAUGGUGCCAUGUUCAAAUUCUCACCCGAAGUAGAAAGAAUUUUUUCUUUAAUGAAUCAAUUGGGUAGAAGAGAACAAAGGUGAGCCAGGAAUUAUUUUCAAAUUUUCUAUUGUUUGUAUUGAGUGUACUUAAUUUAUGUUUAUUUUAUUUAACAGGCGAUAUGAAUUAUGUCAGAUUCAUAUCGAGAGGAUCAUGUUUUAAAAUGUUUGUAAAUUUAGUUGUGCUGCAGAUAUUUAAUUACGUUUGGCGAAAGCUUAAGUAAAAUAGAUUGAAUAAAUAUUUUAUUCCAGAGGGUAUGGUUAUUCGCAUAAUAUUAGAUAUUUCAUAAAAUAUCCAAGAUUUGGAAGUUUUGUUCCACUGGUUCCACUAUUAGAGACAAGCAGCAGUUCUUAUUAAAAUGUGCUAAAAUGUUUUGGGAGUGGGAAGGUAGAUGUGUAUUCAAGACACAUUUCACAGCUAGUUUCAAAUGGUGCACAUGUAGGCAUUAGAAAAUACUGUUGGUUACUCAAUGUAUUCAUUUAGAUACUUUUCUAUUCCACAAUAUGUGCAUUGACUUGAAAAUGUAUAGAGGAUUUUGUCCUUUGUUUGUAGUUUGUAGAACGUUGGCUAAGCCUAAUGUGAUUGAUAAUUUGGCGAUAAAGGGACACUAAGAGUACAAAGUUAUGUUGAACAAAUGGCAGAAUUAGAAAUCAGAAUUUCAAAAAUAUUUACAGUGGAGAGAUGUUUCAUAUCUAGUGGCCUCCAUCGGCCUCCUGGUAUUCUGACACCUACGGCUACAGUGUAUGAAGUGUCAGGACAAGAGAAGAUGAGUGUAAAAAGCUGGAAAUAUGUUUUCAGAUAAUUCAAUCAUGUUAAAUCUGACGAGUCUCGGAACAUGUUGAUGUGAGCCUAAGGGGGUGAUAGUGAAAUUUUCUUCCAAAGAAAGCACCAAAAUGGUGAGGCUGUCUUGAAGAUCAUUUCAGCAGCAUUAAAACUAUGCUGGUUCUAAGUCUGCAAUCUGUUAUUGGUAUUUAAAUCAUGUGAUGAACUGUUUGGUUAAGGAAACAAUCUGUCACUUUCAUCUUGUCUAAAAUGUAAUUUCGAUGCAGUCACAAUAAACUUUUUAUACUCUCUUCAGAAAA